AUGACAGACAUGCCAGCUGUGCGUGUGUUUGCUCUCUACGCCGGUGUAGCCAUAGUCAUCAACUUUCUCCUGCAAAUCUUUGCCUUCACGGCCCUCCUUACGCUCGACGCAAAGCGUGUGGAGGUGAGUUUCAUCUCCCUUUUGCUUCACAUUUCCCCUACUAUUACUACUUAG